AUGAUGAGUCGAUUUGGAAAGGUUUUAGGACCAAGAUUAUCCACAUUAAUCACUAGUAGCAAACAACUUCCCUCCCCUGCUACCUUAGCUUUAAGAUACAAUAGUACUGCAAACCAUGUUGGAAAGCUCGAUAAUACAUUCAAAGGUCAACAAAUUUCAAUAGAUAGAGAAUUACCUGAUCCAUUCAAGUUCAAGAAAACCAAUAGAAAAUACUUCUUUGCUUAUGGUAUCGGGGUCAUAGUGUCAUGUGUUGUUAUAUUUAAUUACGAAAAAACCACAUCCCCAAUUUUAAAUUCAGUGUUCUACUUCCUCAGAAGAAACCCAUCAGUAUUGGACAAAUUAGGUGAAAACAUCAGUUACAAAUAUUCAUGGCCAUGGAUUUCAGGAGAAUUGAACACCGUCAAAGGAGAAAUCGAUAUCAGUUUUGAUAUCAAAGGUGAUAAAAAUGCCGGAAAAUUACAUUUCAAAGCUUCAAGAUCCUCCAAAUUAGUUCCUUUCACCAUCCACCAUUGGUUUUUAGAAGUUGAUGGACAGAAAAUCGACUUGAAAGAGAAUGAUAAGAUAGAUUUUGGUUUCUAG